AUGCUCUCUAAACAUAUCUCUCUUCAUUGGCUUUUUGUUUUACUUGCAUUGUUCCGUCAGAUAUAUGGUAUUUCGAUUAAUAGCUCCAGUUUUCAGCUUUCAAACUCAUUUACACUACUGAGUAAUUCAUCUCAACUAUUUUCCGUGCCCCUUAAUAUAUCUACUGGAGAAUAUCUAAAGACAUCUACUUUGUUGACUUGCGUCAAAAAUUCGCAAUUCUCUGCAUCGUAUUUCGAAGCUGCUUUCUUCCCCAAAAAUAAUACUAUCUUUUUUGACAUUGAAGCACAAACAAUCAUAAGUGAAAACAUAACUAUUAAAGCGGAAUUAAUAGCUUAUGGCCUUAGUGUCUAUAAUAAAGUUUUUGAUCUAUGUGGCAUACAAGAUAAUGUAUUAUGCCCGUUAAAGCCUGGGAAUAUAGAACUUAUUGGAAGCUAUUCCUUGGAAAGCGCAAUAGCUAGCCAAAUUCCGGGUAUAGCAUAUAAAAUUCCUGAUUUGGAUGCAUACAUUGUGGUUUCUGCAUACUCCGCUGCUGAUGAAAAACUUCUAAAACCUUUAGCGUGUGUUCAAGUGAUGUUAUCUAAUGGUAGAACAGUCCAAACACAGUACUUGUCGUGGAACCUAGUGAUAUUAAGUAUCCUAGGAAUCAUGCUUUCCAUCUUUUAUUCUUUGCAAGGUUACACGGCCACUUCGACACGUCUAGCGUCCUAUUCAAUGUCAUUGGUUUUAUAUUUUCAGAAUUUGGCUAUCUUAGCCAUGAUUAGUGUAUCCUUUUUACCUCCCAUUGUUGCCGCUUGGACUCAGAACUUCCAGUGGUCAAUGGGCAUAAUAAAGAUAGACUUCAUGCAGCGUUUAUUUGACUGGUAUAUCCUUGCCACAUCUGGGUUUCCUACUGUUGUAUACCAUAAUAGAGAAGUUCUAUCUAUUAGUGUUCAAAAACGAGAGUUGGACAACAAGGCCAUAUCCGCAUCAAGUAACUUAAAUGGUAUUGAAAGCUCUCAAAAGGAUGAAUUACUAUACACUUCGAACCUGAAAAAUUCCAAAGAUUACCUAUCAAAGAUAUUAGUAUUAAGAGGUAUCAAAAGAGUAUCUUAUAAAGCCGGGAUUGAAUUAUCGAAUUUUUUCUUGACUGGGUUUUCCUUUUUUAUUGUUUUUAUUCUCGUGGUGGUCAUAGGAUUUAUUACGUUCAAAACAUCCUUAAAAUUACUGGAUCGAUUCAAAAUUAAGAGUACCAAAUAUUCAUUCUUCCAUGUGAAUUGGAGCACGCUUUUACAAGGAACAUUAUAUCGAGUAAUAUUCAUAAUCUAUUCCGAAAUAUCCCUUCUAUCUCUCUGGGAAUUUACUCAAAAAGAUUCAGCAGCAGCUUUGGUGGAGGCAAUUAUUGUUUUUAUUUUAACGACAGCUCUGUUAUCAUCUGCAGGUAUAAGGAUAUGGAGGCAGAUGCUCAAGUCCAAGAAAUUUUUUGGCCACCAAAGCUAUUUACUCUUCGGCAACACAGAAUUUUUGAACAAGUUUGGCUUUCUUUACUCUCAAUUUAAGUCUACAAAAGUAUGGUGGUUAAUGAUUACAUUCGCGUAUAUGCUUAUUAGAUCCGUCCUGGUGGGAGCUCUACAGACGCACGGAAAAUCCCAAUCUGUUGGAGUCUUUCUAACCGAAGCUAGCUAUCUCACCUUUUUGUGCUGGACGCGACCUUAUAUGGACAAAAUAACGAACAUCUUCAAUAUAACUAUCCAUUCACUAAACUUAGUGAAUGCCUUUUUUUUUCUAUUCUUCAGUAACUUAUUCCAACAACCAAUUGCUGUUUCUUCGUUUAUGGGAAUAGUUUUUUUCUUUCUGAAUGCCUUAUUCGCGUUAUAUCUAUUAAUUUUCAUUUUAGUUGGCUUUUCGAUGGCGGUAUACUACAAGCACCCUGAUACGGAGUACAAAUCUAUAGAUGAUCAAAGACGAUCCUUCUUGAAAAAUGAAAUGGAUGAUGAUGCUAUUUACAAAUUAGUGCCAGAACUGCACGAAAUAAAAAAGACUGUUCUUGAAUGCGACAGCACCCGAAAUCCGCAAAUAAAUAAGAUUGAACUUUGUAGACAAAAUUCGAACAGUGAUUAUCUGUAUAUGUGA